UACAUCCUGUCGAGCCACUCGAAGAAUACAAGAACCUAAUCAUGUCUGGAAGAGGCAAAUCCGGAAAGACCAGAGCAAAGGCCAAGUCCCGCUCCUCCCGUGCCGGGCUCCAGUUCCCCGUGGGUCGUGUCCACAGACAUCUGAGGAAGGGCAACUACGCUCAGCGUGUCGGCGCCGGAGCUCCGGUCUACCUGGCGGCGGUGCUGGAGUACCUGACCGCUGAGAUCCUGGAGCUGGCUGGAAACGCCGCCCGGGACAACAAGAAGACCAGGAUCAUCCCCCGACACCUGCAGCUCGCCGUCCGCAACGACGAGGAGCUCAACAAGCUGCUGGGAGGAGUCACCAUCGCUCAGGGUGGUGUGCUGCCCAACAUCCAGGCUGUCCUGCUGCCCAAGAAGACCGAGAAGGCCGCCGGCAAGAGCAAGUAAAGCUCCAACCUUCAACCACCACAAAGGCUCUUUUAAGAGCCACCCACUUCUUCUGAAAGAGUCAAUUCCUCCUAUGCAAUCAUAAAUAAUAAGCUUUUAAAUUAUUAAAACUCACUUGUAAAUAGAUGUUAUGUAGUUAUAGUGAUACAUAUAUUCAUAUUACUACAGCUGGGUAGGUGUAUUACCAAAAUGG